AUGGUAGUUUUUCAAAGAUUUAGAACAGACAAUCCUACUGAAAGCCCUGGUUUCGAAACUGAUACUCCAGUAAGCAGACAAGCAUCUAAUGACAGUUCUGGUGUUGGAACAAGUAAUUCGGAAGGAGUGACGACCGUCAGUCCAGGAUUUGUAAUUGGAACUCGGACCAUAAGUCCCGGAUUUGAAACUGUCUCUCCAGCGACAGGAACCGCAUCGGCUGUCAGUAGCGAUGUACCAAUAGUCAUAGCAACGUUAAAAGUAACAAACGGUGGCUGGUGGGGAGCCUGGGGCUCUAUUCAGCUAUGUCCGGCGGGUUCUUAUGCCGUUGGUUACGACAUGAGAAUCGAGCCAAAACGCGACAGUGACUGCACAGCGCUGAAUGCCAUCAAACUCCUCUGUGAAUUUCCAGACGGGAAAGACAGUGGUGAAGUCACUUCGGCUCAAGGACCCUGGGGAACCUGGGUUGGACGAGUUAAAUGCACUUCCGAUGUGCGCGGACGUCAGUACCUAACCUCCUUUGCUCUUCAAGUAGAAAAAUACCAGGGUCAAAACACAGGGGACACUGCCGCCAACUACGUGAAGUUCUCUUGUCGGGACAGACGUGGGCACCAAAAGCCGCAGGAACUAGUCAAGUCACCGGGGCAUGGUAUAUGGGGUACAUGGGGCGCAUGGAGUGCCUCAUGUCCACAGGACACAGCAAUUUGUGGAAUCAAGACGAAGGUGGAAAAGCCUCAAGGCACAUUCGGCGACGAUACGGCUCUCAAUGAUGUCCAAUUUUAUUGCUGUCUUUAAAUCACCUGCCUGAACAUUACCUAUUUGAUAACGUCUAUAUACAUUAUGUUCUGCAUCCUACUUUUAACUGGGUUAUUUUUGUUUGUUUUUGGUUUAACACCAUUUUCAACAGUACUUAAGAUAUUUAAUGGCGGGCAGUUAACCCUAGAUUCUGUACCUGGUCCAGGACAAACCUGUUCUCCGCAAGUAACUGCCAACUUCCCUACAUGAAUCAGAGGUGGGGGACGAAAUAUUUCAAACAAAAUGUCCUUUAAAUCACGAGAGAACAUGCACCUUACCAGAGUAUCAAACACACGAACUCGCUUUCCGAAGAUCUGCGCUCACCAUAUUGAGUCAGCUAGAGAUAAUUACUUUUUACUAAAUAAAAUAUGAAUUUAGAUGUUAUACAAAAUGUAUAUCAUUUUCUAUGCAGAACAUGGUGUACAUUUUGAGGAGUUUCAAAGACAAAAUUUAAUAUUUUCAAUAUAAAACAGAUAUUUCACUUUUACUUAAGACAAAACAAAUUUAAAAUAAAGUUUUCUGCUGACUGUUGAAACAUACCCGGAUCUGUACGUUAAUGUUUAGUUAGUAUGAUACUCGUAAAUAUCAUAAAUAGGACGGGUUACUAUAGUUUAUAUUUUGGACCCUGUCUUACUGAUUAAAAUGGCAGGCCAUAUACUUAUCAAUACGACCUUUCUUUAGAAUUUAGAAUUUCCAAGACAAGUUUUGUAAUAUUUGCAUUUCUGCAUUUUAUAGGUACUUAAGUAUUGCACACUUCAUUUCUUUUUAUGAAGGGAGUCUUCUGUUCUUUUUUACCUUGUUGCGUUCAAUGCCUUUAAAAGAUCUUAUUACAUAUUUUAUUAGCUGCCACAACAGCAGUGUUUAAAGACACUGAUUCUGGUAUGCCUGGUAUGUGGCCUAUGGAGAUGAUAAGGUCUGCGUAUUAGCGAUAAGGGCCAAUACACAAGUCAGGACAAUUGGUAGACUUGCUUCUGUUUAUCAUUAUAAGCUACUGUAUAGCUACUGUGCAAUAAAUAAAUUGCAGGUGAUAUUUCUCACCUUUAUAGCAAAUCAGUUCUCACCUUUAUAACGAGUUUAGAAAGCUUGAUUGAAUUAGGGCUAAAUAAACAAAGUGAUAAGGUACAACAGUGUUUUAUCAUAUUUUUAAUAAAGUAAGUUUUUUAACAAGUACAUCUCAUUAUUGCUGUUUGUUAUUAUCAAAAAUAAAAAAAAUGCAUUCAGGCACAUAGCUUUUAGAAGUAAUAAAUUAUUGUGUAUUUUGAACAAUGAUAUAUCUUUAUUGCUGGAUUUUAUUAUAAAUAAAAGAAAGUUAACAUUAU